GCCACCCCGGUGCUGAUUCCAGCUCUGGCGCCCGGCGCGGUGGAUUCGGCCGUGCCGCGGGCUCGGCGCCUUGUCUUGGCAACCGAGUCUGGAUCGGCCCCGUUCCGGAGGCAGGGGUGGGGGGCAGAGGAGGAAGAGGCGGGCGAGGAAGGCGAGGACAGUCAGCGGGCGGCAGGUGCGGGAUUGUCGCCUCAGCCGCAGCUCCGGAGGAGCCCUCGCCACGGUUUCGGUGGAGCGUCUGGGCGCGGGAUGGAGUGAAAGAGCGAGUGCUUCUCCAAGGGGGGGUGGGAGGGGCCAGGCAGUGCGGAGGAGAGAGAGCGAGAAAGAGAGAGAGACAGAGAAGAGAAUAAGCCGCGGCUGACGCCUGCGAAUUUGGAAUUCGAUCCGGAGGGACCGCUCACUCGCGGGAAAUGGAUUCUGUACCACGGCUGACCAGCGUUUUGACUUUGCUGUUCUCUGGCUUCUGGCAUUUAGGAUUCACAGCGACAAAUUACAACUGUGAUGACCCUUUAGCAUCUCUGCUCUCACCGAUGGCUUUUUCCAGUUCUUCAGACCUCACUGGCACCCACAGUCCAGCGCAGCUCAACUGGAGAGUUGGAACUGGUGGUUGGUCCCCAGCUGACUCUAAUGCCCAGCAGUGGCUCCAGAUGGACCUGGGGAACCGAGUGGAGAUUACAGCAGUGGCCACGCAGGGAAGAUACGGAAGCUCCGACUGGGUGACGAGCUACAGCCUGAUGUUCAGUGACACGGGGCGCAACUGGAAGCAGUACAAGCAAGAAGACGGCAUCUGGACCUUUGCAGGAAACAUGAAUGCUGACAGUGUGGUGCACCACAAGCUCCUACACUCUGUGAGAGCCCGUUUCGUUCGCUUUGUGCCCUUGGAAUGGAAUCCAAGUGGGAAGAUUGGCAUGAGGGUAGAGGUCUACGGAUGUUCAUACAAAUCCGACGUUGCCGACUUUGAUGGGAGGAGCUCGCUUCUGUACAGGUUCAGUCAGAAACUGAUGAGCACUCUCAAAGAUGUCAUUUCCCUCAAGUUCAAGAGCAUGCAAGGAGAUGGGGUCCUUUUCCAUGGAGAGGGUCAACGUGGAGACCACAUCACCCUGGAGCUCCAGAAGGGAAGGCUCGCCCUGCAUCUCAACUUGGAUGACAGCAAGUCCCGGCUCAGCAGCAGCGCGCCCUCAGCCACCCUGGGCAGCCUCCUGGAUGACCAGCACUGGCACUCAGUCCUGAUUGAGCGGGUGGGAAAGCAGGUGAAUUUCACGGUGGAUAAACACACACAGCAUUUCCGGACCAAGGGAGCAACAGAUGCCUUAGACAUUGACUACGAGCUUAGUUUUGGAGGAAUUCCUGUACCGGGCAAACCUGGGACCUUCUUAAAGAAGAAUUUUCAUGGGUGUAUUGAAAACCUCUAUUACAAUGGAGUAAACAUAAUUGACCUGGCUAAGAGACGGAAGCAUCAGAUCUAUACUGUGGGCAAUGUCACUUUUUCCUGCUCCGAACCACAAAUUGUUCCCAUCACAUUUGUCAACUCCAGCAGCAGUUAUUUGUUGCUGCCUGGCACCCCCCAAAUUGAUGGGCUCUCAGUGAGUUUCCAGUUUCGAACGUGGAACGAGGAUGGUGUGCUUCUGUCCACAGAGCUGUCUGAGGGCUCAGGGACCCUGCUGCUGAGCCUGGAGGGCGGGAUCCUGAGACUCCUGAUCCAGAAAAUGACUGAGCGCGUCACCGAAAUCCUCACAGGCAGCAACUUGAAUGAUGGCUUGUGGCAUGCGGUCAGCAUCAGCGCCAGAAGGAACCGCAUCACUCUCACUCUGGAUAAUGAUGCAGCAUCCCCGGCUCAAGACACUACCCGGGUGCAGAUAUAUUCUGGAAGCAGCUACUACUUUGGAGGGUGCCCCGACAAUCUCACCGAUUCCCAAUGUUUCAAUCCCAUUAAGGCUUUCCAAGGCUGCAUGAGGCUCAUCUUUAUUGAUAACCAGCCCAAGGACCUCAUUUCAGUUCAGCAAGGUUCCCUGGGGAAUUUUAGUGAUUUACACAUUGAUCUGUGUAGCAUCAAAGACAGGUGUUUGCCAAACUACUGUGAACAUGGAGGGAGCUGCUCCCAGUCCUGGUCCACCUUCUAUUGCAACUGCAGUGACACAGGUUACACCGGUGCCACCUGCCAUAACUCCAUCUAUGAGCAGUCCUGUGAGGUGUACAGGCAUCAAGGGAACACAGCUGGAUUCUUCUACAUCGACUCAGAUGGCAGCGGGCCGCUGGCACCUCUCCGAGUGUACUGCAACAUUACUGAGGACAAGAUCUGGACGCUGGUGCAGCACAACAAUACAGAGCUGACCCGAGUGCGGGGCUCCAGUCCUGAGAAGCCCGAUACCACUACCUUGGACUACGGCGGCAGCAUGGACCAGCUGGAGGCCAUGAUCGAUGGCUCAGAGCACUGCGAGCAGGAGAUGGCCUAUCACUGCAGGAGGUCUCGCCUGCUCAACACACCAGAUGGAGCACCAUUCAUCUGGUGGGUCGGGCGGUCCAGUGAAAGGCAUCCGUACUGGGGAGAUGCCCCUCCGGGGGUCCAGCAGUGUGAAUGUGGCCUGGAUGAGAGUUGCCUGGAUAUUCCACACUUUUGCAACUGUGACACAGACAAGGACGGAUGGACAAAUGACACUGGCUUUCUCUCCUUCAAAGACCACUUGCCUGUCACUCAGAUAGUUAUCACUGCUACCAACAGAUCAAACUCAGAAGCCGCUUGGAGGAUUGGCCCCUUGCGUUGCUAUGGUGACCGACACUUCUGGAAUGCCGUCUCAUUUUACACAGAAGCCUCUUACCUCCACUUCCCUACCUUCCAUGCGGAAUUCAGUGCUGACAUCUCCUUCUUUUUUAAAACCACGGCUUUAUCGGGAGUCUUCUUGGAAAAUCUUGGCAUUAAAGACUUUAUCCGACUUGAAUUAAGCUCUUCUUCCGAGAUCACCUUUGCCAUUGACGUUGGGAAUGGCCCCAUUGAGCUCAUCGUCCAGUCUCCCUCUAUUCUGAACGACAACCAGUGGCACUAUGUCCGGGCUGAGAGGAACCUCAAGGAGACCUCACUGCAGGUGGACAACCUCCCCAGGAGCUCCAGGGAGAACACAGAGGAGGGCCACUUCCGACUGCAGCUCAACAGCCAGUUGUUUGUAGGAGGAACAUCAUCAAGACAGAAAGGCUUCCUAGGAUGCAUCCGCUCCUUACACAUGAAUGGACAGAGACUGGACCUGGAGGAGAGGGCAAAGGUCACAUCUGGAGUGAGGCCAGGUUGCCCUGGCCACUGCAGCAGCUAUGGCAGCAUCUGCCACAAUGGGGGCAAGUGUGUGGAGAAGCAUAGUGGCUACCUGUGCGACUGCACCAACUCACCAUAUGAAGGGCCCUUUUGCAAAAAAGAGGUGUCUGCUGUUUUUGAGGCUGGGACAUCAGUUACUUACAUGCUCCAAGAACCUUACCCUGUGACCAAGAACUUCAGCCUCUCGUCAUCAGCUAUUUACACAGACACGAUGCCAUCCAAGGAGAACAUUGCACUUAGCUUUGUGACGGGUCGGGCACCCAGCCUCUUGCUCUUCGUGAAUUCUUCUUCUCAGGACUUCCUGGCUGUUGUGCUCUGCAAGAACGGAAGUUUACAGGUUCGCUAUCAGCUAAGCAAGGAAGAUACCCACGUAUUCACCAUUGACGUAGAAAACUUUGCUAACAGAAGGAUGCACCACUUGAAGAUAAACCGAGAAGGCAGAGAGCUUACCAUUCAGGUGGACCAGCAACUUCGGGUCAGCUAUAACUUCUCCCCAGAAGCCGAGCUCAGGACUGCAAGGUCCUUGACCCUGGGCAAAGUCACAGAGAGCCUUGGAUUGGAUUCUGAAGUUGCUAAGGCAAACACCCUGGGUUUUCUUGGAUGCCUCUCUUCAGUCCAGUAUAACAACAUAGCACCACUGAAGGCAGCCCUGCGUCACUUCACCACUGCUCCUGUGACUGUCCAAGGAACAUUGGUAGAAUCCAGCUGUGGCUCCAUGGUGGAUUCAGAUGUCAACGCAGUGACAACUGUGCAUUCUUCAUCCGAUCCCUUCGGGAAGGUGGAUGAGCGGGAACCACUUACCAAUGCAGUUCGAAGUGAUUCGGCAGUCAUUGGAGGAGUCAUAGCCGUUGUGAUAUUUGUCAUCUUCUGCAGCAUUGGCAUCAUGAGCCGCUUUCUGUAUCAGCACAAGCAGUCCCAUCGUACGAGCCAGAUGAAGGAGAAGGAAUACCCGGACAAUUUGGACAGCUCCUUCAGAAAUGAGAUUGACUUGCAGAAUACAGUGAGCGAGUGUAAACGAGAGUAUUUCAUCUGAAACUCUGCAGGGUCACCUAAAACUCUUUUUUUGAAGUUCUUGUUUAUUAUUGUUCCCCCUCCCACCUUCUCUCCUGGAUGUUCAUUUGGGUCAUUAUCUUUCUCUGAAUUGUUUUCCAUUUGGUUUCUGGAAUCUACUUGCGUCCACCACAGCAUCAAUUCCCUUGACCCAGCUUAGGAGAUCAGGCAGCUGCGGCUACUGCCUUCCUCUCUGACACCCGUCGUGGUGAACACGACCUCUCAGGAGACUGACAUUACUGUUCUAGACAAGGAAGAGACACAUGUGUGCACACAUGCAUAUUCACUUAUGUGUUCCUCAGUUGUGCAGACAUUAGAUCUGGCAGACUUGCUUUGAACUUGAACUCUGUGACUUAGGCUAUCACAGUCAUCCCUCUUCUCUUUCAAGUCCACUCGGUACUAGGGAAUCCAGGGCAGCUGAAAGGUGUAAGAGAGGUUUGUUUGUGACCAUUUAAGUUUCCUUACCAGAGGCAGCCCCUUACCCUAACUCUUCACUGUUAUCCUCAAUGACUCUUGUCCCCUGAGUAUUUUCAGAUGUAGGAUUGCUGCUAGUAGUGGGCAAUUGCUUUGCUCAUUGCUGACAGCCCUCUCUUGGGGCUGCCUCUUUGGAACAGCACUCAAUAGCAUAAGCCUAGGGGAAGCAUGGAAGUAGUAGCUUGAAUCUAGGAGGUAGAAGGAAAGCUGCUAGGAAGUAGAUGUUCCAUAACUUCAAAAUCGCCUCCUCCACUUCUGUAAGAAUUGUUAGCUAGGUUAUUCCUGGAUUAUUAUAUUGAGGUGAAAAUAUAUAAACAUAUAUAGAUAAAUAUAUAUAUAUAAGUUGCUGCAGCAUAAAGAAAUUCAAAUAAGAGUUGAAAAUAGUAUCUGGCUCUACAAAAUUGCUAAACCAUCCUAACUCAGUUUUAAAACAAAAAUGGAAAAAUAAAACUGCAUGAAAGAAGAGAAAUACCAGAAUUCUUCCCUUCCAUCCACAUAUUAAAUAUUUGGUGCACAAAGUAAAUACAGGUUUGUAGGCAUCACAAUUUAGAACAGAUGUAGUGAGUCCACUUCUGUCUGUUGAGCUGUUUUCUGAGCAAUUUAGGAUGCACUGAAAUGUAUGACAUUCUGGUCACCUCUAGCUGACCACAACUUGAUUCUAGAGGAGCACCUACACUCUGUAGCACACUGUAUUUUCAAACAUACUGAAUGAUGUAAGUAUAAGGCCCUUACCCACACACAUAGAUUUUUUUGCAGACUUCUAAGUAAGUCAGCAACGAAUUUCAGGCCUUUGACUCCUUUGGUGACAAAGCAGCAAAGUUAUCCCUCCAAGAAGACACCUAGCAUUCACGUAUGAGGUGAUGGUGAGAGUACUGCCAACAUUGCUGUAGCAAUACACCUCACUCUUGGCCCCUGGCUCUUCUUGGAGAAAAAGGAAAAGAGAAGAUAACAUGCUGAAUAUGCCAAUUCAGUGAUGCAUAGAUGUGGACCAUACCUCCUUCGUCUUUGCAAGGCACAUUUGAUCUGGAUACUAUUACAGCCCUGCUGUCGGCCAGGCUUGAUGGUUAGCAGAUGUUCUGGCUUCUUCCUGGGGUGCCUCUGCUCUUCACCACCACCCUGCAUCAGGAGGUUCACAAUGACAAAUUCACAUGUUUCAUCCAACUGCAAGCCUAUCACUUUGCUUUCUGUGCCAGAGCUCAUGGAAUACAGAUUUCAUUUGGGACUCAAAUAUUUUUCAACUUUUUGCACUCAUGUUCUCUCCUUAAAAUUUUCUGCAGAUUCUUACUUUAUCACCCUAUCAUUUCCGUUCUGUCCUUUUAAAUGAUAUCCUAGCAAAUGCAUUUUAAAAAAAUUCUAACCAGGAUACCUUUUUCCCCCUCUAGCUUUAAUGAGAUGAGUGAUCUUUUAAUAAGAUGGAAGAUCAUGAAAUACCAUUUCCCUUUGCCUUUUCUUCCCCUUUCUUCAAUUUUCACUUUUGCAAUUUCUAUUCCUAUUAAAAGUCUGUAUAAAUCAGGCUUUGGCUUGGCUGCAUGUUCCUUUGUCCCCUGAAAUAAAAGCCACCUUGAAAUGCAGUGGGGUUAGCCUGCAGCAUCUAUGCUAAUGAAAUGGAAGGGAAAGGAAGGUGUGAGUAAUAAAACUGAAACUCUUCGGUAUUCAAGUCUUGGAGAAGCAAGGACUGUAUUUUUGCUUACUGGUGCUGAUAGGAAAAGUGGAGGAUUAGCAAAGAUGACCGCACAGAGUUUGAUGUUCUUAUCUGUUUAUAAAGGCCUGUAGAAAGUUGUAUAUGGGGAAGGACUUGUGGAGCUCCACCCUAGGUAAUUCUGCACCAUGGAAUCCUCCAGUAUCCUCCCUACAUGGAUGGACCACAUAGACAAACACACUAUGUCCCAUAGACCAAAAGGUGCAUGCCAAGAAAGCCCAGCCUUCAGAUCACUGUGUGCAUACAGUCUCAGGACUAUGUAGAAUUCUUUUUACAGGGUUGAGUUGUUUUAUAACCUCAAGGAACCCUGUAAUCUCCAUUAGAAGUAUAGAAAAAACAGUCAAUCUGCAUCCUGCAGAGCAAAAUACAAUUUCAAGUUAGAAUUAAGUGCUAAUUCCAGCAUCGUGGCUAACUAGGCUAAUCCUCCGCCUGCAGCGCCGGCACCCCAGGUUCUAGUCCCGGUUGGGGCGCCGGUUCUGUCCUGGUUGCUCCUCUUCCAGUCCAGGUCUCUGCUGUGGCCUGGGAAGGCAGUGGAGGAUGGCCUAAGUGCUUGGGUCCUGCACCUGCAUGGGAGACCAGGGAGAAGCACCUGGCUCCUGGCUUCGGAUUCACGCCAGUCAUAGCGGCCAUUUGAGGGGUGAACCAACGGAAGGAAGAGCUUUCUCUCUGUCUCGCUCUCUCACUGUCUAACUCUGCCUGUUAAAAAAAGAAAUAAGUGCUAAUUCCAAUUGUUUUUCCUUUGUGAUGGCAAGAACAUGAUGUUAUGCAAUGGUUCAAUUUUAUGUUUCUAUCUUUGAGCAAUAUCAAAAACCAGUGUCUGACAGCAUUCUAAUCCUCCCUUAACCACAUUUUAUUUAUUUUUUAAAAAGAUUUAAUUUACUUCAAAGACAGGGUGACAGAGAGAGAGAGGGAGAGAGACAGAAACAGAGAGAAAGAAAGAGAAAUUUCUAUCCGUUGGCUGAUUCGCCAAAUGGCCAGAAUGGACAGGUUGGGCCAAGCUGAAGUCAGGAGCCAGGAACUCCAUCUGAAUCUCCCAUGUAGGUGGCUGGAGUCUAAGCACUUGGGCCAUCUUCCUCUACUUUACCAGGUGCUUAUCAGGGAACUGGAUUGGAAGUGGAGCAGCCAAAAUUCAAAUUCACACUCCCAUACGGGAUGGUGGUAUUACAGGUAGUAGUGGCUCAAUCUUCUAUGAUACAACACCGGCCCCGAGUCACCUUUUAUUACUAGAGUAUGCGUGUUUCCUAACUUCAUAUUAUGGCCAACUGGACCUCCAUUAUCUCCUCCACUUUAGCCCUCAGUCUUUAUAAAAAGAUCUCAUGGAAAACUGUCACUUUACAGGAAAACCAAAAACACCUGUGUGGUUUCAAUUUCUGAAGGAACAAUUUCAUUGAUAUCAUUUCCACCAAACAAAUCUAUUUUUGCAAGCAGCAGCAUAUUUGCUUAUCCUCAAAUACACUUAACACUCAGUGCAUCACUCAUUGUGUGAACAGGCUAGAUUGCCAUGGCUUCCAUGAGAAUUCAUCUGGAGAAACAGACAUUUGUCAUUUAUCAAGAUAUAUUUUUAUGAAUAGCAUAGCGUCCUUUAUUCAUUUUCAGCUGCAUACAGGAGAUUUAUUUUAAGGAUCUUGGGAGUGAUUUUUUAUGAGAAUGUUUGUUCUCUUUAGCAAUAACACAGAUGGUACUAACCCAACUUCUAUCUUUUGACAGACUCAUGAUCGCUGUUGUAUAGUAGGGGCAGGAUCAGAACAAAGUCAACAGAUUGCUUCCUUCUCUCUUUAUUCAUUGAUGAAAUAUUUAUUGAAUGUCCACUACUCCACGGUUUGUGCUAGGCAUCAAGUGUACAAAUAUAAAUUACACUUUGCUCUUGCCCUUGGGCAGCUCACAGCCAGGCAGGAGAGGUAUAUACUGUUGUAACAGGGGGUUGCAUAUAGUACUAGAGAAUGCAGAGCAAAGACCCUGCACAAUUUUUUCUUGGGAAAGCACUUGAUAGCGACUUAAAGAAACAGAUGCAUUCCUGGAAAAUUCUUGCAAUUACUUUCACCUUCAAUAAGCAGCUUCAUUUCUCUUCCUCAAAACAAAUCUCUAUCCAUGCAGACAGAUUUCUGCAGAAGGAGGUGGAACAAUUUUUGGGGAUAGCAAUAGAUGGUCCCUGUCUAUGACUGACUUUGAGGGAGGUGGAACUUUUUCUCUACAUUGAUUUUCCUGUGUUGGUCAUGAGAUUCCAAAAUGAUUCCUUCCCACGUGUCAGACCUCAGGGUAGGUUUGGGAUCCUGUUUGGUGAAGGAAACAACAAUCUCCAGUCCUGACGCUCUCCUCUUUUCUCAGUGCUUUACCUGCCAAGUCUUAGUGACAUCGCACAUGUCAUUGCUCCUCCAGGCAUCCAUAAACAUGGCUUUACCUUAGCCCAGAUGCUCCUUUUUCCUGGUGAACCAUGUUGUCCACUUAGGAAAACCUUUGGGAAAUAGAUGAAGUGCAUCUUUGAAUAACUAACUGAUUAAAAAUCAUUUGCCACUUAUAUAAGUCCUGGCCUCUGCACCCUGCUUGGAUAUUUCCAUGCCUGAAAACCAUGUAUGUCACCUCUCUGUACCUAGCAAAACCACGUAGUGAGGGUUCAAGGAGAGCAUCUUCUGUAUGGCAUUCAGGGAGACAGGAAUCAGCCCUGUUGAAUGCUUUAUUAAGAAAAAGCCUUGGCAGUUUCCCCAACAGCUGCCCUGUCUUCCUUUGAAUUCUCUCAAACACCUGUGUAUUUCUGCAACUCAUUCUUCCUUAAGCUGAAGGCUUGGACAUGGUUAGUCCUUAGUCAUCUUACAAAUCAUGUGUAGAAUAAAUAAAUAAAUAGGCCUUGUUGUUCCUGUGGAUGGGAAAGGAAGUUAAUGGAAGAAGGUACAGGCAAACUCAAAAUGUUUAGAAUAUGUGGAGGAUAACUAAGUGCUAUUUCAUGUCUCUCAUGCAGUUUGAAAAUGUUUUCUUUAAAAGACACAUAGUGUAAUUGAAUUACUUCUGCAGUCUGUUCCUGAGACUUUCUUAACUUCCAUUCCCAUUCCCGCACUCGCACUCACCCUUUUCAUUGUUAAACCAUUGCAUUUACAGAUUUUGCUGUACCUAGUUCUCAGUUCUGCAUUCACAAGUUGCAAAUAGUUGGACAACUUAAAGGGGAAAAAGUAUAACCCACAUCUACACAUGCACACACUUUGUAAAAAUAGGGCUGUCAUUCAACCUUUCUGCAGGAAGUUCUCUGUACGUAUCUUUUGGUAGGGAGAGAAAAACAUUCCCUUUUGUGUUGACAAUUAGUUGAUUUUUUCAUAUAAGAGUUUAACAAUGAACUGGUUUUUUUUAAGUGAUGUUUUUCUCUUAUUUUGCACUAAGGUACACUGAGGAAGAACAGAAAAGCACAUUUUCUAGUGAAAUAUUGUACUUUGUAAACUAGUUGUCUUUUGUAAUGUUUGUAGUCUACAAAGUGGCUGAGCAGAUUUGAGAAAAGGUUUAAUACAAAAGCUGGUUUUGGAUUUUGAUCACUCUUGCUGGGGACACAUUGAGGAGGAAGAGGGGAUUCGUGGCAACUAUUGGUGGCUGCUGGUGUGGAAAGCAAGGUCAUGGGCUCCUGUGUGAAUCAGGAGUGGCAGAUCUUCCAUCAUCCUGGCUCCUAACUCAAGAGUCUCUUUAGUGCAUUUGGGUCAUUGUCCUACACACAAGGGAAAGAGGCAAUAUCAUGGGCUUUGCAUGAGGAAAUCUGUACUCUCUUUUGCAUGACAUUUUGGAUCCUUCCCAGCCCUACACCAACCAUAUUUUUUUUCAAAAGUCUUAAAAAUUUCAUCAAAAUUGUCCCAGGGUGCUUUAGAGUUAUCACCACAAUUACCUAACCUGCUCAGGUUAAGCACCAGAUACAGCUUUAAGAAAAAGAACUGUCUGAAAACUCCUUGGGUUCACUCUCUAAAAUCAGAUCCCCCUCUACCCACUGUGGAAGUCCUGAGAUCCUGGAAACUGUCUAACAGUCAUCACAAUCUUCAUCGGUCCAUCUGUCCAGAGGAAGGCGGCAAGGAUGAGAAUGGACAACACACAUGCCAGGGACCCACCAUCUAACACCAUCUUAGAAUAUUGCUUCGUUCACUUGGCCUUCAUGAGACACAGAAACUCCUACAAAAUGCAGGACACGAUCAGAGUAGUGCUUGGCCAUUGUCAAUGGUGGGGCUAAUGAUGUUAAUGAUACACUUCAGGUCUUCUUUUCACUAGCAUCACAUUCUCCCUCAUUUCAGAUGCCAGCAGCAGCCUUGGUGGGCAUCAAAAAGGGGUACUGGACAUGCAGCCCCCUGCAGAUAUAACGAAAGCCUCCAUUCAUGGGAGCACUUCCAAUGAAACUCUAAGGGACAAGAGGAAUAGACAUCUGGCUAGUCACACUUUUCCAUUACAUUCAACCCAUAUCCCAAAGGCUUUACAUGAAAUAUUUACACAGUGUCUUCUCUUUGAAAGGCAGUAUCAAUUUAUAUAACCUUGUCCUGCCUUAAAUCCUCUUGCAAAAAAAAAAUACCAAACUGUGUUUAAAGCAGCCUAGUUAUGCUGAUAAAGACAGACUUCAUAUUUAGUGAGGACCCAAGUCAAGAAUUUGUUUCCUUCUGAAACUCUGUGUUUUGUUGAGCUGACACUUCCUUAGUUAACUAGCCUAUGACAGAAAGACAGCCAUCUGUAAAUAAAUACACAUGGCCAAGUACCAAUAAAACUUUAUUCACAAAAACAGGCAGCAUGCCAAACCUAAUCCAUGGGCUAUAGUUCACUGAUCUCAGAAAAACAGUAUUACCAUGUUCAUACCAGAUGGGAGUUAGUUUUCCUCUGGUAUGUUUGGGCCCUCUUUUUUGAGGAAUGAAGAAAAGUAGAAAGAUUGCUUUUAAUCAGUAAACAAGAAAAUGCAAAAAGACUUCCCCUCCACCGUACAGCAUGUCAGGCUGUUUGUUAGGGUAAAAGCACAAAACAGGUCAUCUCCUUUGUGGAUCUGCUGGAGUCUACCUUUUCCUUUUGAUCUUCUGAUUUUAGUUCCUAAAACAGGAUCCCAAGUGAUGUUGCCUCAUUCCAAGUCAGUUUUGUAGACCACGUAACAUGUCCUAAUACACAGUAUGAGGAUAAUAAAAGUUAGCCUUAGAUUUCUUUGUUUUCUAUGGUUAUUGUUGUACAGAAGAAAGACUUAAACUGUAAAUAAUGUAUAUUUAAUAAAGAGAGAAUUUUGUAUGAUUUUGUGUGGAAGAAAAAUGUGUCUUGCUGUGUGUUCUUGGAUUAAUGAAGAGCUGGACAAUUAAUCCUCGAGCUACCAUUCUCAUCCCUUAUACCACAAACUCCCAGACAACAUGACCUGGGGCUUGCUGGAGAAACCCGAAGCUCCCGUUCCCUGUGUUUAUUGAUUUCAACAUGGCUAAAAGUGCCAUCAUUUGCUCUCCCAUCAGUCAUCUGAGUCAUCCUGGAUGCACUCCUGGCUCAAAUGUACACAAAUCAAGCUCAUUUAUUUGGUUUUAAGAUCAAGUUCUGGUGCCAUUCUGAUUUCAGCUGCCCACAUAGCACCUGAAGACUUUGAAAUUCUGAUCAAUGUCCACUUGUAACAGCUGCAUUGUCUUUUUAAGUGUAUUUUAAUAGACACAUAAUAAAUACACACAUUCAUGGGGUAUGGCAAGGAGUUUCAAUUUGUCGAUCAGAUUAAGGUCCUCAAAUACUUAGCAUUUCUUGGUUUAGGGAACAUUCAAAACCCUCAUACUAGCUAUUUUGAAACACAUAAUUAACUACUGUCAAACAUAGUUACCCUAGUGUGCUAUAGGUGUUAAAAGCUAUUUCUCCUAUGCAGUUGCUCCCUGGUGCCUGUUAAGCCCCCUGUCACUUCUCACCUUCCAAGUCUCCAGUAUCCACUGCUGCAUUGUCACAUUCCAGGUCUAGGGUAUCAAGUAAACAGUUACAUUUCGUAUCUUCCCUUGCCUACAUCUUCUCCUUAUCAAAGAUCUUCAUCUUCACUGUGUGUGUUUGACAAACCAAACAUAGACUGCUGUGAAAUAUGAGUAGAACUUUCUUCAUGAGAUGU